CAGUCGUCAAGCAAUUUGCAAAUUGCAACUUAUUUCUUCCCGGGCUUCGAAGCCCGGCUCUCAUACCAGAGUACCGGAUUUGUGUAGCAGGCCCCUUUGUCGCUCUGUCUGUUUUCCUUUGGUCCAGGUUCCUGAAACCCUUAUUUUUUCCGGAGAGAGAAAAUUAAGGAACAAUGCCUGAGGGGAUUACAGCAGAGGAUCUUUUGAACACCAUAAUGGAUAAGUUUGUAGAAAGUCCCCCAAAGCAGAAAUCUGUGUCAUUUUUUGAGGAAGAUAAAUCAAAUUCAGUCUCUACUCGGAUGAAUAGGCUGUUUGGUCGCCAGAAACCUGUUCACAAAAUUUUGGGGGGCGGAAAGUCUGCUGAUGUGUUGCUAUGGAGGAAUAAGAAGAUAUCUGCAGGCGUCUUGACUGGUGCAACAGCCAUCUGGAUGCUCUUUGAAUGGCUAGAAUACAAUUUUCUGACCCUUUUAUUCUUAGCCUUAGUUAUUGGCAUGAUUGCUCAAUUUGUUUGGUCAAAUGCUGCAGGCUUAUGGAACAGGUCCCCAUCUAAAGUACCUCGUCUUGUUUUGCCUGAAGAGUUAUUUGUCAACAUUGGUGUCUCAGUUGGUACUGAAGUUAAUCGUUUCUUGGGGUUUCUUCAGGAUGUUGCAUGUGGGGGUAACUUGAAGCAAUUUCUUGUGGUUGUUGCAAGCUUGUGGGCUGCCGCUAUGAUAGGGUGCUGGUGCAAUUUUUUGACCGUGUUGUAUAUGGGAUUUGUUGCUGCUCAUACUCUACCAGUUCUAUAUGAGAAAUAUGAAGAUCAAGUUGACAACUUUGUGUAUAAUCUUCUUGGACAGCUUCAACAGCAAUAUCGCAAACUCGAUGAUGGCGUUCUCAGCAAAAUUCCUAAAGGAAACCUCAAAGGGAAGAAAACGGAAUGAAAUGCUGCUCCAAUUUCAAAGCUAUUCUUCAAUAAUAUGAAGGAAACUGAAUUAAAUGCUUAUUCCUGUUUCAAUUUGUUCUUAGUAGGGAUUGUCAUUAACCAUGCUUAGCUUCAACUUAUACUUACUAAUUAUGGUAGUGGGAUCCCUGACGUCCAUCAUUCAUGGAUGGAUGGGAGAGGACCCAAUUGCAACAGUGAA